CGGCAGAUGGGGCGGCAACUCCGCAUUGGGGGAUACGUAUUUAAUAUCGAGUUUGCGAGAUGCUUGCUUGAAUUUGUUCUCUUUCCCCUUUCCUCUUUUCUAUCCUACAAUCCAAAGAAAAAGACAAUUAUGACAGUUAUUGAUUCAGACAACCGCCAUGCAAAAAAGACACGUGACCAGCUCGCCUACUUGAAAACAUUGACAGAGAGUUUGGAUUCUUGGGACUUUGUCUCAGAGCAAGACGGCGUCAAGCUGUAUACCAAAGACAUCCCCGACAGUCCUCUACCAAUUGUGCGCGGCGACACCGUACGUGAUGAUUUGGACUGCAGUCCUCAGGAUAUCGUGUCUGCUGCUGUUCUUCCAGGAUGCCGCGCAGUCUGGGAUGAACAGUUCGACACAUCUGAUAUCAAAGAGCUCUAUACGCGAUAUGAAUCCCUCUUUUGGGUCAAAAUGAAAGCGCCCUGGCCAGUAAGCCCACGCGACAUUUCAGGCACCUCCAUUCGUGAUUACAGUGAUGACGUGGUAUUCAUGUCCAUGACCUCUGUUGAGGAUGGCCUUAAUCCGCCCGACCCAGAAUGUGUGCGCGCCAAUCUCGUUGUGUCUGGAUGGAAGUUCUACAAGACGCAAGACAAUAAGAUUGGUAUUACGUACAUUACGCAAAUUGACUUGGGCGGGUAUAUCCCGUACUGGCUGCUCAAAUCGAUUCAAACAAGUAUCCCGCUGUGCGCGGGCAAAUUGGCGGAUUACGUAAAGGAGCGCGGAUUCCCUCCAAACACGCGUGUGUGCACGGGCAAGUUCCUCGGAGAAACGUUGGAAGAAAAAGAGGAUGGAGCGAUCGCGUAUAACGUGCAAGUGGAUGGUGGCGAGAUCGAGUGUUUGGUGUCAGGCAAAAUGUUCCCGACGAUUCAGGUGCAUGUGGAUGGGCAGGCAGGCGAGCCGGAAGUGGUGGUGGAGGAGAAGGAGAACAAGGUGGUCAGGAUCAAGGCCAUCCAGGGCCAAGUUAAGAUCCGGCUCACACGAUGAAAAUAUUUGUGUGUGUGUGUGUGAGUUAGGGGGGUGUUACUCACAAGGACGCGGAUCUGAUGCCGAGAGAUGAAGGGCUUGGAUAUGACAUGUUUGUCUUCACUUACUAGCAGCUGCUAAUGCUUACAAUAAAAAUCGGUUCAAAAUGAAGGCUGGAAACGCU